AUGACACUUCACCGUGUCCGCCCCGGUAAUCUGUACAGGGCUCAAGAGCUGAUAUUGCAGAAGAACUUUGGCUGCCGGAGGACAAAUUCGUCUCUGUCAUCAACAUGGCCUUGGAAACGAGUUCCAAGGCGCUCUACUCCAACUCAACAAACUUCUAGUGUCCCUGGUAAUAAGCAGACAUUGGAAUCACUGGAAAAAAAUAAACGCCUGCAGGCGAGAGCAACAGCUGAAAAUGGCACUGACGGGGAUGGAAAUGCUCUUCUAUCGGAGACAUCAACGUCAUCUACCAUAGCAUCACCAUCAACACAGCCCAGUCCUCCAAUUCAUGGAGAGGAACAUGAAUCAACAAACAUCGCCAAUACAGAUGACUCAGAAGAUGUGAUAGACCUGUCUCAGCCCGCUCCGAUCAGAAAGUACGAAUCGUUCGAAGACGAGUCAUUUUACGAGGAGGUGCACCUCGAACCAUUCAAUAAAUAUCCUGCUUAUUGGCUCAGGGACAAUUGUCAAUGUAGCUCUUGCAUUCGUCUAGACACAAGACAGCGCAUGGCGUCCAGCUUUGAAUUUCCGAAGAAGAUUUUUGCGAAGUCGGUGUACCAUAAUGUACCCGGAUAUAUAAACGUUAAAUGGUCCGAUGGACACGUUGGUGAAUAUCCUAUCUCCUGGCUUGAAAGUCACCAGUUGCCCAGCGACUUAGAAAUGAGCAACAAAGUUCUCACUUUCAGAAAAUUCAGCCAUUCGUACAACAAAAAAUUCCACCCCUGUGUGGAAUUUGAAGAAGUCAUGAACACAAAUGAAGGCCUCACUAAAUGGCUACAAUAUGUCAUCAGUUGGGGAUACUGCUUGGUCAAAGGUGUUCCGGUCACUCCAGAGGCAACCAAAAAGUUGUUGGAAAGAAUAGCUUUCAUCAGGGAGACACACUACGGGGGCUUCUGGGACUUCACGUCCGAUCUAACCUUCAAAGACUCGGCAUACACUGAUGAAGCACUUGAUGCACAUACAGAUAAUACAUACUUUUCGGACCCGGCUAGACUACAACUAUUUCAUCUCCUAGAACAUACAGGAGGAGAAGGCGGGACAACGUUACUCGUCGACGGAUUUUAUGCAGCAUAUCGCAUGUUAGUGGAGCGCCCUCGAAGUGUAGAAGCACUUACAGACUACGCACAUCCCUGGCACUCAAGUGGAAAUGAGGAUGUCAGCAUUCAGCCAUACAGAUAUUUCCCAGUCUUUGAACGAGAGCCCACAAAUGCAAGACUGUUGCGAAUUCGGUGGAAUAACUAUGAUCGUGCGGCGAAGAUUGAUUGGACGCCUACUAUGGCCAUGCAAUGGUAUGGUGCUGCGCGAUAUUGGAAUGCAAUUAUUCGCCGAGAGAACCAGACUCAAAAAUGGCUGCAACUUGAACCAGGGACGGCAUUACUCUUUGAUAACUGGAGGAUGCUUCACGGCCGCUCUGCAUUUACCGGAAAGCGCAGGAUGUGUGGUGGUUAUAUAAACAAUGACGAUUUCGUUUCACGAUUCCGUUUGCUGAAAAACGGUAGAGAAAAGGUGUUGGAUGAUAUAGGUACAUAUAGUACUCGGCAGAGUUUUUAA